AUGGUAGGAUUGAAUGAAGAAAGUAGGAAUUUCACACGCUUCUUCUGGGUGAAGGAUCCCGAAGGACCAAUGACGCCGGAAAAUAUAGUCACUUACAGAUUUCGACGUGUUCCUUUCGGACUAAUUGCCUCUCCUUUCCUGCUUGCAGGAACAAUUCAUUACCACCUGCAAAUGGCCGAUACACCGUUAUCACAGAAGAUCUUGAAAAAUACGUACGUUGACAACAUUUUUUACGGAGUGGACACUGUUGAGGAAGGGAAGAACUUUUACGAGAAUUCUAAGCAACUUUUCCAAAAGGCAGGCAUGAACCUACGUCAGUUUACCAGUAACUCCGAAGCACUCAAUCAGUUUCUGAGAGAGAAGGAAGACGAAAAAAUGGUCGUUCAAAACAAAAUUUUGGGAAUCUCAUGGGACACAGCUGAAGAUACCUUGGCUGUACGACUACCAACGACGCCUAUAGGAGCUAACAUAUGGACCAAGCGCAAAAUCCUGAAAAUUAUCGCAAGCACAUUUGACCCAAUGGGAUGGGUUUCCCCCGUGUUGUUCAGAAGCAAGAUCUUUCUCCAGUCAUUGUGGAAAGAAAAACUACACUGGGAUGACACCCUCCCUGACGAUAUGACUGAAAUGUGGAAAUCAAUUACUGCGAAAUGGACCAUCCCUAUCAUCUCGAUUCCUCGACAACUAGUCGUGAGUGAAGUACAUGAUUCAGUCUUUCAGUUGCACGUUUUCACCGAUGCCUCUAGCAUGGGAUAUUGUGCAGUAGCCUAUUUAGUACAAGACGGAGCGCAGAGAAGCUCAAUUUUGAUGUCAAAAAGCAGACUAGCGCCUUCAAAGAGGUCCAUCUCUAUCCCCAGAUUAGAACUUUCAGCUAUUGCUCUUGGAUCACAGCUUUUGAAGCACAUACGCAACAGCUACGCCGACGAAAUCGACUUUGAAAGGUCGGUCAUUUGGUCCGAUAGCAGUGUCGCGCUUAUGUGGAUCAAAAGCGACAAACGCUUACCUGUCUUCAUUCAAAAUCGAGUUACAACAAUACGAGAAAAUGCUCCAGAUGCUCAACUUCGGUACGUUCCUGGCGAUACAAACCCUGCUGAUGUUGGUAGCAGAGGCGCAAGUAUCACAGAUUUGAAAUCAUUUGACCUUUGGUGGAAAGGUCCAAACUUUCUUUGUCAACCUGAGGAACAAUGGCCGACUGAUAUAACUGACGAUCCAACGGAGAAAAGUUGCCACUCUCAAGAAAGUGAAGUUACGACCUCGCCGAAGUCGAACAUAAUCAUUAAUGCGGAAAGAUUCAGUUCCUGGACGCGACUACUUCGUACGAUGCAAAAGGUAUUACUUUUUGUAACGAAGACAAUAAAAGGAACAGACAAGAUCUUUGGUGACGGUUAUUCGUUACUAUACAAAAGUGCAGAAAGGAUCCUUUUCCGAUUUGCACAGUUGCAGUAUCCACCAUCAGAAGAGACGAAACAACAAUUGGGUCUCUUUUACGACGUGCAAGAAGCAUUGUGGAAAUCAAAAGGAAGAAUUCUGAACGCAGAGCUACCUAUCGACACGAUCUUACCAAUCUUCUUACCACGAGAAAGCUACAUAACCUCGUUAUUCAUAUUGCACAUACAUCAAAAGAACAAUCACAGUGAGGUUAGUUAUACCUUGAAUGAAUUACGUCGCACUGUGUGGAUUCCAAAAGGAAGGCUAACGAUAAAACGAGUGAUCUACAGGUUAUGCUUCCAUUGCAAACGCUAUAAAGCACGACCUUAUCAGCUACCACCAUUCCCAGUGCAUCCACCUCAGAGAGUACUAAGACCGAGAUAUCCCUUUGAGAAUUCAGGGAUGGACUAUGCAGGGCCACUUCCUUGCAAGACAUGGGAAGACACAACGGUAAAAUACUGGAUUCUACUCAUCACAUGUUUGAAUACGAGAGCGAUUUACGUUGAUCUACUUUUGGAUAUGUCUACGCAGACUCUGUUCCAAGCAUUACGACGAUUUUUCGCCACCACUGCUUAUCCGAGAUGGAUUCUGUGCGAUAAUGCGAAGAGCUUCAAAACAAUCAAUGAACUACAAGAUUGUCUACAGCCGAACAACAACAAAGAUGACGACAUCAUUGACUACUGCGCACAAAAAAUGAUCGAUUUCAAAUUUAUCCCUAGCUUCAGCCCGUGGCAAGGGGGAUUAUAUGAAAAAAUGGUGCACAUCUUCAAAACGUCGUUCAAACACGCUUUGAAUAACCGGAUACUCCAUAUUGAAGAACUACGUACUCUCGCAAAAGAAACAGAGACCAUAGUGAAUCACCGGCCGCUGACAUACAUCGUACAAGAUGAUAGAACAAUGCCGUUACGACCUAUUGAUUUUCUUCAUCCAUGGACACCACUUUCUCCUCCGAGAGUCAAUGAAAAAGAUCAACCUUUCAUUCCAACUACUACAACGAAAGAGAAAUUAAUGGAGGAUUGGCAAUUUAUGAAUAUAACAUUGGAAAGAUUCUGGAAACGAUGGAAGUCAGAAUACUUGACCAGCCUCAGAGAGCAGUUUCGUGAUAGACAUCCACACCCACGUCUAUCUACCAAUGCACAACCAAAAAAGAACGACGUUGUGCUGAUUCAGGAAAAGUCACUUGAACGAGGGCAAUGGAAAAUUGGACAAAUCAUUUCUUCUAGCGAUCAAUACCAAAGAUCGGCGAAAAUACGCCUACCAUCAAGACACAUAAUUACACGACCAAUCAAUCUACUUCACAAACUUGAAGUUCAAGGCGAGCAACAAGAUUCUUCAAAAAAUACCACUAACAGGCAAGAAACAUCACAAAGAAGAUCGCAAAAUCGUCAUCCGAUGAUAACGAGGUCGAAAACAGCUGCAAAUACGGUGCCUCUUCUACUGACCACUGUGCUGACACUAACGCUGAUUCACUCAUCAGGAGCACAUCCACGCUGUCCGGUGGAAAUCAACACACCGAAGACGAUCAUAUACGCCACGAACUGUAUCAAAAGAGGACUAGCAAUAGCAAGACACUCCUUUCAUGGAAAGGUAAAGUUGUGCUGGUUCCCGCUAUCAUGUCCUAACGGAGCGAUUCGAGUGGAAAUUCCCUUCCAACAUAACAAAGGACUUUGCGGACCACAUUGUCCUUGUCCUGCAUGGGCAACGUCAUGCUCGUUCAGUUCAAGCCCUCGACGACUAGCCUCGAAACUCCAGAAUGUACCGAUGCAGUUAACAACGUAUCAUCCAGCUCAUGUAUGCUCGUUUUCACCCUCUUCAGAAUGUGACAAAGAAAGACGGUUGGGAAAAUUCAAUCAAAUCGAGUUAUACGACGGAACAUUACUCGUGGUUCCUGAACUUCACAUUGACAUCAAGGAUUACCUCGACUCCUCGGAUUACCUCUGUUUCGACCAAUACGGACGUCAACGAGAAGCAGUGCCUCCCUACACGGGAUCAUCCUACUUUUGCAAUGAAAACAAAUGUGAUGACAACGCCAAGUUAUUUUGCACGUUUGGAACACCAAGUGCUGUUUUCACAACGCUGAAUGGAUCCUUUUUGGUGAAAGCUUGGGGAAUCACUGUGAAGGACUAUUACGGUUAUCUCACACCUUCCAAAAUAGGGAAAAACUCUGCAUAUUGUUCAAAAGGAGGAGUCAACCUGAUCGUCAAAACUCCUACAAACGCGACAGAAGUUUGCAUUGCUGAUUACUGUCAUUUUAUUCAAAAUCCAACAAACUCCAACAUCAUUUUCCCAAACAGCCUUGUGGCCUUUGCAUACACCGUCUCGAUUUCCUCGUGGGCAUACGGAACACUCAUUCAAAAAGAAGACAUACAAUGUGGCUCUUACCCGGUAUGUGAACUUAUCGAUUGUACAGUUUGCCUAGAGCUACUGUAUAAUCCAGAUUGCUGGACAAAGACACAAGUCGCCGUAUUUCUCAGCUCAAUAUUCGCUCUUCUAGUCAUUACGUAUAUGAUCUUGCCGGCACUAAAGAUCCUACUUUUCAUUGUCAAGCUUCCGCUGAAGAUCGCACACUUCAUCUUCAAAAUGAUAUGCGCUCCAUUGUCUCGACGAAAUAACACACGCUUACCGCUCUAUACAGGACAUCGCAGAAAAAUCCUCAUAGCCAUUCUCUACUUUGCAGCAUCGGCAAGGUGUUGCUCCGAAGUUGUGUCCUUCUCGGCCUCCGAAGAAGCUUGCACACAAAACAACGAGCGUGAGACUUGCACUUUCAAUCAAGCGACGCUUGUGACGUUACAACCGCUCGAUCAAGAAACGUGCCUGGUCAUGAAAAACAACAAAAACAUUCCCGUCGGAAUAAUCACCAUCAGAGUAACGGGAGUUUACUUCAAAUGCCAAAAGAGGAUUGAGUUCCACACGCGAGAUCACCAGUUCUACGUAGAAUCCAUUCACAGAUGUCGAUUUGCAGGAAGUUGCCAACUACAUACAUGCGACACGACUAAAACAACCGACAAGGUAGAAGAACUUUCACCAACUGCAAAUAGCCACCCAGGCUACACGUUUUGCGCCGCCAGUUGUGGCUGCCUGAUAUGUGGUUGCUUUCUUUGCAUGGAUAGUUGCCUUUUUUAUCGCUACUAUGCACUUCCUCAGUCGCCGCAGGUGUAUACAGUUUUCAACUGCCCCGUGUGGGAAUUUACAGUAGAAGCAAAAAUCACGAAACAACAAGGAACAAAGACAGAAAGCAUUGAUGUUCGCUUGCAACCAGGACAAACAUACGACUGGGACUCUGUGCGACUAUCUCUGAUUGGAACAAUGUUACCACAGCUACCAAUUUUUGGUACAACCUUUGUCACAGAUGGCAACAUUACAGCAGUAACCAAACCAGCUUAUCGAGGACAAAUGAUUCCACACACGAUCGGUCAGUUACAAUGCACUAAUGCUUCAGAAGCAAAGGCAUUUAGAUGUUCCUUUCCAUCAGAUGUUUGUACAUGCACGCCAACAAUGAAUCAUGUGUCAUGCUCUUGCAGUGAUGGAGAAGUAAAAAAGGUGUUUCAGACAUCAAGUUUACCACUAAUCAUGAAGAAUGUGAUGAUAUUUCAAAAAGAAAAUGAGAUCGUCGCUAAAACUAACAUGGGAAGCGCUGUACAGCUGCAAAUCGUCACAGAUAAUAUGAAGUUGGCGUCGAAGAGACAAAACACAACAUGCAUCAUCACGACGUCGGACAUAGUGGGCUGUUACAAUUGUUUAUCAGCAGCAUAUGCAAACAUCUCGUGUCAAUCGCGCGACGGUGAAGUCACUGCUCAAGUCACCUGCGGAAAUCAACAUCAAAUAGCAGUCUGCACUCCCACAGGUCAUAUAAACAAACUCGUGUUCGUUUUCGACUCUUCAUUGGUAGAAGAAAAUUGCACACUGGCUUGCCCGGGAGGAUCUACCGAUUUCUUGCUCAAAGGACGACUCCACUAUGUGCCAGAUGGACCAGUUCUACCCGAAAAACCUAUUAAUAUUGUGCCAUUUGAAUCGAAGUUGAACUUUUCCUUUGCUGCAGAUGCUAUAGCUUUUAUUGACUCUUCUUUGAAACACUUUGACUACUUUUUCUCAUCGAUCUUGUCCUUGAAAAUUAUAAUACCUUUCUUAUUGUGUAUUGUCUUUGUAAUUGUUUUAAUCUUCUCAUUUCGGACGAUGUCUCUAGCAAUUCUCAAGAAAAUUAUAUGA